AUGACCAAAGCGAAGGCCUCAAACCGGGAAGACAUCUUCAUGAGCAUCAAACCCGAACAUAUGCAUAAUAUCAGUACUGGCGCAAAGAACCAUGAGUACCGCCGCUACCUCCUCCCGUCGAGCGUCCGUCGCAUCUGGUUCUAUACCACCGCUCCCGAAUCGCGAAUCGCACAUGUCGCCCGCGUCUCUCACGGCAAAGUCCCUGGCGAAGUCCCAGAAAAUGGUGGGAUUGGUAACGAGGACUUCAAUGCGGGCAAAAAGGUUUCGAAAUACGGCUAUGAGAUUCUUGAUCUGUGGAGAUUGAAGGAGCCAAUUCGACUGAAAAUGGCCCUUUCACAGGGUUAUUUGAACGGCGCACCUCAAAAGUAUUGUUGGGUUCCACCCAAGCUCCUAGAGCGCUGUCGACUGGAUGAACAAGAUCAUAUCAUUCCGAAGGUACUGGAAGAGCGCCCUGUUGAAAGCACAAAGAACGAUGAUCUAGAAGAACCGGAAGCUCGUUCUAUUAAAAGGAGAAAAGAAGACGAUCUAAAGGCGCCAGAAGUACACCAUGUUGAAAGUACAAAGAAAGAUGAUCUAGCCAAACUGGAAGAGCACCCCAUCGAAAAGACAAAAAAAGAUCUAAACGAACCAAAGAAAACAUCCAGCUCGACUGGCAAGAAACGAAAGAUAUCAGAAUUCUUCACACCAUCAAAUGCAACGAAAUAA